CGUCCACAUGGAGAUAUGGAAGAGGACGGGGGAUUGGCAGCGUAACCAUGGUCAGCUGGGGCCGCUUCAUCUGCCUGGUUGUGGUCACCAUGGCAACCUUGUCUCUGGCCCGGCCCUCCUUCAAUUUAGUUGAGGAUACCACGGUGGAGCCGGAAGAGCCACCAACCAAAUACCAAAUCUCCCAACCAGAAGUUUACGUGGCUGCGCCCCGGGAGUCGCUAGAGUUGCGCUGCCUGUUGCGAGAUGCCGCCGUGAUCAGUUGGACUAAGGAUGGGGUACACUUGGGGCCCAACAAUAGGACAGUGCUUAUUGGGGAGUACUUGCAGAUAAAAGGUGCCACGCCUAGGGACUCCGGCCUCUAUGCUUGUACCGCUGCUAGGAGUGUAGACAGUGAGACUGUCUACUUCAUGGUCAAUGUUACAGAUGCCAUCUCGUCCGGAGAUGACGAGGACGACACCGAUGGCUCAGAGGAUUUUGUCAGUGAGAACAGUAACAGCAAGAGAGCCCCGUACUGGACCAACACAGAAAAGAUGGAAAAACGGCUGCACGCUGUCCCUGCCGCCAACACUGUCAAGUUCCGCUGUCCAGCUGGGGGUAGUCCAACACCAACGAUGAGGUGGCUGAAAAACGGGAAGGAAUUUAAGCAGGAACAUCGCAUUGGAGGCUAUAAGGUACGAAACCAGCACUGGAGCCUCAUUAUGGAAAGCGUGGUUCCAUCCGACAAAGGAAAUUAUACCUGCGUGGUGGAGAACGAUUACGGGUCCAUCAAUCACACGUACCACCUCGACGUCGUUGAGCGAUCGCCGCACCGGCCCAUCCUCCAAGCCGGACUGCCGGCCAACGCCUCCACCGUGGUUGGGGGCGACGUGGAGUUUGUCUGCAAGGUGUACAGUGAUGCCCAGCCCCACAUCCAGUGGAUCAAACACGUGGAAAAGAACGGCAGCAAAUACGGGCCCGACGGGCUGCCUUACCUCAAGGUUCUGAAGCACUCAGGGAUAAAUAGUUCCAAUGCAGAAGUGCUGGCUCUGUUCAAUGUGACUGAGGCGGAUGCUGGGGAGUAUAUUUGUAAGGUCUCCAAUUAUAUAGGGCAGGCCAACCAGUCUGCCUGGCUCACUGUCCUGCCAAAACAGCAAGCUCCCGUGAGAGAAAAGGAGAUCACAGCUUCCCCAGACUACCUGGAGAUAGCCAUUUACUGCAUAGGGGUCUUCCUGAUCGCCUGCAUGGUGGUGACGGUCAUUCUGUGCCGGAUGAAGACCACCACCAAGAAGCCGGACUUCAGCAGCCAGCCGGCAGUGCACAAGCUGACCAAGCGCAUCCCCCUGCGGAGACAGGUAACAGUUUCUGCCGAGUCCAGCUCCUCCAUGAACUCCAACACCCCACUGGUGAGGAUUACAACUCGCCUCUCCUCCACAGCAGACACCCCCAUGCUGGCGGGGGUCUCCGAGUACGAGCUGCCAGAAGAUCCAAAGUGGGAGUUUCCCAGAGAUAAGCUGACGCUGGGCAAACCCCUGGGAGAAGGUUGCUUUGGGCAAGUGGUCAUGGCUGAAGCGGUGGGAAUCGACAAAGAGAAGCCCAAGGAAGCAGUCACUGUGGCCGUGAAGAUGUUGAAAGAUGAUGCCACAGAGAAAGACCUUUCUGAUCUGGUGUCAGAGAUGGAGAUGAUGAAGAUGAUUGGCAAACACAAAAAUAUCAUAAAUCUCCUCGGAGCCUGUACUCAGGAUGGGCCGCUCUACGUCAUAGUCGAGUACGCCUCGAAAGGCAACCUCCGAGAGUACCUGCGCGCCCGGCGGCCUCCGGGGAUGGAGUACUCGUACGACGUCAACCGCGUGCCCGAGGAGCAGAUGACCUUCAAGGACUUGGUGUCCUGCACCUACCAGCUGGCCCGGGGCAUGGAGUACUUGGCCUCCCAAAAAUGUAUCCAUCGAGAUUUAGCCGCCAGAAAUGUUUUGGUAACAGAAAACAAUGUGAUGAAAAUAGCCGACUUCGGACUGGCCAGAGAUAUCAACAAUAUAGACUAUUACAAAAAGACCACCAAUGGCCGGCUUCCGGUCAAGUGGAUGGCUCCAGAGGCCCUUUUUGAUCGCGUGUACACCCACCAGAGUGAUGUCUGGUCCUUCGGGGUGUUAAUGUGGGAGAUCUUCACGUUAGGGGGCUCGCCCUACCCAGGGAUUCCCGUGGAGGAACUUUUUAAGCUGCUCAAAGAAGGACACAGGAUGGAUAAGCCAGCAAACUGCACCAACGAACUGUAUAUGAUGAUGAGAGACUGUUGGCAUGCGGUGCCCUCACAGAGACCCACCUUCAAGCAGUUGGUAGAAGACUUGGAUCGAAUUCUCACACUCACGACCAAUGAGGACUACUUGGACCUCAGUCAGCCUCUCGAACAGUAUUCACCUAGUUACCCUGACACCAGGAGUUCUUGCUCUUCGGGAGAUGAUUCUGUUUUCUCUCCGGACCCCAUGCCUUAUGAACCCUGCCUUCCUCCGUACCCACAGAGAAACGGCAGUGUUAACACAUGAACGGGCUUGUCCCCCUGUCCCCAGACAGGGCCGCGCCGGGAGCCUAGGUGUACUGAGCAGGGGAGGCCAUGCCUCCCGCAGCCUGUAUAUAUGGAUCAGAGGAGUAAAUAAUUGGAAACGUGAUCGGCA